AUGGUCUAUAUUCAUCAGCAAAAGCAAAUUGACAAACAAACACGUCUUUCUAUUUGCGGAAUCGAGACGUCAUCCGAAACUGUCGCUUCCAUUUAUCCCCAGCCACAAGCUGACAAAUACUUUCCAGAACUGAUCACGCAUUUACCACAUCUGAUUCGCCCUAGCGCCAUUCUUCCUGUAGCAACUGACGUAACGCGCCACAUACGAACCCGUGGUUCACCAGUCUCCACUCGACCACGACAUCUUGCCCCUGAUAAAUUAAAGGUGGCCAAACCGGAAUUCGAGCAAAUGCUCGAAAUUUGUAUUAUCCGCCCAUCCGAAAAUCAAUGGGCUUCACCCCUUCACAUGGUGCCUAAGAAGACUGGCGACCGUGUGGUGAUUAUCGAGCACUGA